AAUCCAACUGGCUUCGUAAGACUAUGAACACCUCUCUUGUAUACCAGCCUACUAUAUAAUCUCUGCAUUUAGCAGCUUCUUUCCUAUCAGCAAAUUCGAUUAAGUAAUCUUCUGAUCUUCAAAAAUGGCAGCUUCCCGGUUCCAUCUCUUACUUGUUCUUUCACUCACUCUCAGUUUGUGCCACUUCCCUGACACCACAUGGGCACAGCUUAGGCAAAAUUAUUAUGCUAGCAGUUGCCCCAAAGUGGAAAGCAUAGUUAGGGGUGUAGUUCAGAACAAAAUUAAACAAACUUUUGUUACGAUUCCGGCAACUCUCAGGCUUUUCUUCCAUGAUUGCUUUGUUCAGGGUUGUGAUGCUUCAGUCAUAGUGGCCUCCACUGCAACCAACAAGGCGGAGAAGGACCAUUCUGAUAAUUUAUCAUUAGCUGGAGAUGGAUUUGACACUGUGAUCAAAGCGAAAGCAGCUGUGGAUGCCACCCCCGGGUGCAAAAACAAGGUCUCAUGUGCUGAUAUCCUUGCCAUAGCAACAAGAGAUGUUAUCGCACUGUCUGGUGGACCUUCAUAUCCUGUUGAAUUGGGACGAUUGGAUGGUUUAAGUUCAACAGCUGCUAGUGUCAAUGGGAAGCUGCCUCAGCCAACUUUCUCUUUGAAUCAGCUUACUGCUAUGUUUGCUGCCAACGGACUCAGCCAAACUGACAUGAUUGCUCUCUCAGCGGCACACACGGUUGGAUUCUCUCAUUGUAGCAGAUUUGCCAAAAGGAUAUAUAGUUUUAGCAGGAAAGGUCCGAUCGACCCUACACUCAACAGAACAUAUGCAAAAACACUGCAAACCCUGUGCCCCAAAAAAGUUGACUCCAGAAUAGCCAUCAACAUGGACCCAAACACUCCCAGAACCUUUGACAACAUGUAUUACAAGAACCUUGUGCAAGGAAUGGGCCUCUUCACCUCAGAUCAAGUUCUAUUCACAGACCCUAGGUCCAAGCCAACUGUUACUAAAUGGGCCGCUGACUCACAGGCCUUCCGACAAGCCUUUAUCACUGCCAUGACAAAGUUGGGCCGCGUCGGUGUCAAGAGCGGUCGAAAUGGGAAAAUUCGUCAAGACUGCGCAGUUUUGGCUUAAAUGAAAUUUGCUCAACAUGGUUGGUUUUUUAACCCA